AUGGCAAGAUCUAUCUCUUUGUGUAUCUUCUUAUUAUUCAUUACUUGGAUUCCAAUUCUAUCCACAAGCUUUCCGCUCUCCACAAAAACUCGAUGGAUCGUGGACGAGAAAAGCCAAAGGGUAAAGCUAGCCUGUGUGAACUGGCCGGCUCAUCUCCAGCCCGCUGUGGCUGAAGGGCUAAGCAAACAACCAUUAGACUCCAUCUCCAAGAAGAUUGUCUCAAUGGGAUUUAACUGUGUUAGACUCACUUGGCCUCUUGAUUUGAUGACUAAUGACACAUUGGCUCGUAAAAUCACGGUCAAGCAGUCUUUUGAAAGCUUGAACUUGUUUGAUGAUGCUCUUGGGAUUCAAAUUCACAAUCCCAAAAUCCUUAAUCUUCCCAUAUUCAAUGCCUUCCAGGAAGUGGUAUCGAACCUUGGACAAAACGGAUUGAUGGUGAUACUAGACAACCACUUGACAUAUCCAGGCUGGUGUUGCAGCGACAACGACCUCGACGCUUUCUUCGGCUACCCUAACUUUGAUCCCGUCAUUUGGGCCAAGGGCUUGGGCAAGAUGGCUACUCUUUUCCGCAAUGUCACUAAUGUCAUUGGCAUGAGCCUAAGGAACGAGCCACGUGGUACUAGAGAUUACCCCGACCUAUGGUUUAGGUUCAUGCCAAAAGGAGCAGAAGCAGUGCACGCCGCAAACCCUGAAGUACUAGUUAUCCUCUCCGGCAUAGACUUCGACACAAACCUCUCUUUCCUCCGUGACCGCUUCUUCAACGUCAGCUUCACCGAUAAACUCGUCUUCGAGCAGCAUUGGUACAGCUUCUCCCACGAGGGAGGCGCGUGGGUAAAACACAACUCCAACGAUAUUUGCGCCAAAAUCAUCGGGGAAGUCAAUCAUAAUGGAGGAUUCUUGCUCGACAGAGGCUUUCCUUUGAUUUUGAGUGAGUUUGGGACUGAUGAGAGAGGCGUUGACGUCAGCGGAAACCGGUAUAUGAAUUGUUUGGUGGCUUGGGCCGCUGAGAAGGAUUUGGAUUGGGCGGUUUGGGCAUUAACCGGAGAUUAUUAUUUGAGAACCGGACCCGGUUUACAAGAGAAAAAGCUUCUUUUGCACCCACAUACUGGCCUAUGUGUCACCAAUAACCACUCAGGCAAUGUACCCACACUUCGACUUGAACUAUGCACUAAAUCCGAGCCAUCGACCUUUAAUCCCAAGGAAGGCAUUCUCUGGAUCAAUAAAAUGUGCGUUGAAACUCCAGAUGUUGCUGGACAAAAGGUGAAGCUUGGAGUUGGCACUAGGUGCUCUAAGCUGGGACAAAUCUCAGCUACUAAGAUGCAUUUGUCGUUUAAGACAAGUAAUGGCUUGUUACUAUGUCUUGACGUGGAUGAACGUGACAACAGCAUUGUCACUAACCCUUGCAAGUGUUUGACUAAGGAUGCUUCGUGUGAUCCAGCGAGCCAGUGGUUCAAAGUUCUUUAA